AUGGCUUCAAUUGGGGUGUUAGAGAUGCUUGGAAACCCCAUCAAGUUGAGUGGUGCAACAAGGUCAGCACCAUCAGCUUCUAGCCCUGCCACCUUCGAGACUGUGGCUCUCUUUGGUAAGAAGAAGGCAGCACCACCUCCUCCUUCAAAGAAAGUUGCUGCUGCUGUCACUCCUGCCAAUGAUGAACUCGCCAAGUGGUAUGGUCCUGACAGAAAGAUCUUCUUGCCAGAGGGUCUCUUGGACCGAUCCAAGAUCCCACCAUACUUGACUGGAGAAGUGCCCGGAGACUAUGGUUAUGAUCCUUUUGGUCUCAGCAAGAAGCCGGAGGACUUUGCCAAGAUUCUGGCUGAAGUUGAAAACCUUGCUGCUAAUUGUAAUGAGACUGAGCUUAAGUUGUAUUAUUUCUGA